AGAGAAUGCACUCAAUCGAUUGGCUGAUUGCAAUCAGUCAUUCAUCCAUCCAUCCAUCAAUCCAAUCAGUCAGUCAGUCACACAUUCGUUCAAUCAUCAUCCGAACCCGGCCCAUGUGGAGCUCGCAGCUGCUUGUCUUGUCUUUGUCUUGUCGGUCGGUCGGUCGGGCGGUCGGGCCACACACACGCUGUCAUCCACUCAACACACACAGCUGCCGCAUCAUCCAUGGCAUCAACCAACCACCAUCGCCCUCCCCUGCCCUCUCCCGCAGCUCAGCCGCCGGUGCAGAGGGCCACAGAGAGGCGCGACAAGCGGCGAGCAGAGAGGCCCAGCCGACAGGCCGCGCAGGAGAAGGUGGUCGCUAGUGCUGAACGUGCGACUUAUAGCAGGGGCGAUGGUGCGUCUGAGGACAUCCCCACUUCCAUCAGCUGCCAUGGCAUGAGCGACUCAGAGCUCCUCCUCGAGGAGGCCUGCAAGUGAGCCACACCAUACACACACAGCUGCCAUGCACACCAUCUGAUGUGUGUGAGUGUGCAUGUGUCUGGGUUUGUAAGAAAUGUACACAGACAUGCACAGCCGAAGAUGAAAGGCCAUGUUUGGGCGAUGCGGGAGGCGUGCGCGCACGAUCAGCUGGUGGCAGAAGAUCAGCGCAAGCCUGUGCAUCUCAAAGAGCACCACCAGCUCCUCUCGCAGCUGCCGACUCCGUGCUUCCCCGACCUCUCCUUCAUGGACGGGCUGCUCUUUCGCCACGCCCUGCAGGCGUGUGUGGUGCACGGUGCGGCCGGGUCGCUCGAGGCGCUGCUGAGGGAGACGCUCAUCAAGCCGACCGAGAAGGACAAGGUGCGGCUGUGGGUGAGGUGCGGACCAAGAGGGGCGGGAAGGUGCUCGAGUGGGACGACCUGACCCUGGAUGCUCUCCAUCCAUCGUGCCUGUACCGUGACGAACCCCUCAAUCUGGUCACUUCAGGUCCGCAGACAGACAGACAGACAGACACUGACAGAGAGAGAGUGUGGAUCUUGUCUGUGUGUUCAGACUAUGUGCCGUCCCCCCUGGUCGCACAGGCGGCCGUGGCCGACGCGCCCAUCCAGAUCAUGAAGGUACUGCCUGAGUGAGCCUGUCGUGCUGGCUGCGUGCAGUGAUACGUCCAUCUGUCUGUGUUAUGCAGACGCUGCUGGCGUACAACGCCGAUGUGGAUGCUCGAGGGCAUGCCGGCCAGGCAAAUCUUCCUGACCGCCAGCUCAGCUACAACACAUCCACCGUCGGUAAGCGGCAAGGGAAGAUAUUGCUGAAACACAGCCUCAUUGCAUUGCCUUCCGUGUGUGUGCAGGUGCGGCUGCCAUGUGCCACCAUCCGGAUAUGCUUCGUUUCCUCCUUCGUGAGGCAGAAGCCGACCCCAGGGUCCCGGCAAUCGCGACGCUUGAGGACAGACAAGGUAGGUGCCACAGCCCCCACCUGUCGAUGCAUGACGUUCCGCCUUUCCUCUCCCCUCCAUCCUUCUCACACACAGACCACACCGUUUGUGUGGAUGGAUGGAUGGAUGGAUGCAGGCAGGCAGCUGCAGCUGGUGCGAUGGAGGAGGGCGGCGGUGUUGACUCACCAGCGGCCGCGGCACACGAGAGGAAGAGGCAGGAGCUGCGCGAGAGAAUGGUGCAGAUGGAGGCCAUGGCCAGGGCGAUGCGGGAGGCGUGCGCACACGACCUGCCGACGCCAGAGGGGCGGCGCAAGCGUGUAGAGGACCACUCGCUGCUGUCGUCGCUGCCCAAGCCCAUGGUCUCCUACAUGAACGGCUUCGUGCUGAAGCAGGCCCUCCACUCAUGUGCCAUGUACGGCUCGGCUGGGUCGCUCGACACACUGCUGCAGGACAACUUCAUCAAGCCGACGGAGGAGGGCGGCGACGAGGGGCUGCCGGUGGGGCAGGUGCGGGCGACGGACGGGGAGGUUCUCAGCUGGCGAGACCUCUCGCCUUUCAGCAUCGAGCCAUUCGAGGGCGAGAUGAUCGAGCCUGACGGUAAGUGAGUAGGCAAAUCAAGUUCGAAGGGCGAUAUGUCUGAUUACGUCUGGAUGGCAUCAGGUUAUGUGCGGAAGCCGUUGUUGAUCGAGGCCAUGACGCAUGGGUUCUCCAAUUGCGCUGAUGACGCCACUGUGCUACGGAUCGUCAAGGUACGCAAGUAGAGAGGCCACAUGAGAUCAUUAAGCCGCCUCACAUGGGUCUGCCUGUCUGUCUGCCUCUGUGCAGUCGCUGGUUGAGUACAAUGCCGACGUCAAGGAAAUCGGCGUGGUGGCUAUGGACUGUAAAACCAGAGAAGUUAUGAAGUCACCUGCUGUCGGUGAGUGUCCAGAGGACAGGGCGAGACAGAAGGAGCAAUGCCGGAAGGAUGCAAGUCUGACUUGGUGUCCUCAGGUGCUGCUUCUCUGUUCCACUUGCCUGAGGUCCUCGACUACCUUCUGCAGCAGCCGCGUUGCGACCCGUCAGUCCUCUCUGAGGGGGACUUCAUUGCGGGCCUGAAUCUUCUUCAGCUCGCCUGCGAUGGCAACCAACAUGACGACGGUGAGUGACUGGUCGAUUGAGCCAGACUGACGCGCGCUGAUGCUCUUGUGUGUUGCGACAGCUCCCCAGCCCCCUUCUGAGCCCAUGGUGGGCACCAAGAGCCGGAAGAAGGCCACCAGCAAGGGCAAACGGGCCGGCAUCGUUGGCCUUGCAGAAGAGGCGGGACAGCAGGCGGCCGGCGGCGUAGCGGCGGAGGCAGAGCAGAAGGAGGAGGCCCGGCAGUCGCGUGCAGUGGCCACCCUGGAGGUGAUCGAACGCCAUGGCCUGACGCGCAGCACACCGGCCGAGGCCAAAGGAGGGCGUCGCAAGAAGCCCGGCCUCAGUCUGCAGUGUCGUGACAAGACUGGCAGCUCUCUGCUGCACGUCGCGGCUGCUAAUGGGUGGUCCGGGAUUGUCGAGUGGCUGCUCAAGAGGGGACUGUCGAGUGGCCGUCAACAAAAAGAACGAGACACCCCUCGAUGUCGCCCGCACGUCAGCCGCUUUACUUGUUUGGUGUGUUCAGUCAUGUGUGGGUGUGUUGAUGGCUCAUCUGGAGGCCCGUCACAAGGCGGCGGCUGCCGAUCUGCUGCGAGAGGAGGAACAGGCCCGCAAGGAGGAGGAGAGGGCCGCCAGAAAGCGCGAGCAGAAGCGUCUCAAGGUGCCCUUCCAGUGGACCGCUGCACACAUGGAUACUGCAUGUGUGUGUCAUUGCCUUCAGCGAUUGGCGGCUGAACAGGCCGAGUCAGCGGCAGAUGGCGAGAUGGAGGAGGCCGACGACACACAGCACGAGACUGAAGAAGUAGAUCAGGUGACGGAGGAAGCUGCUGCGCCGAGCUGCCCGCCAGACACACAGCGACAGGUGCAGACAGCCACCGACACUUCUACCCAAUACCCCCAUCUGCUGUCCUUCUGUGUGUGGCGCACAGUGUCGAGCCCGCCUUCUCUGACGCCCCGGGUGACCACCAGCAGCAGCGAAAUGUCCUCAGCCAGAAGCCUCCAGCUGAUGUCGGCCCUUCGGCAUUCGCUCCUCUUCCUCUCUCCCCUGCUCAUGGCACAUCAGCGAGCCAUUCGUUCGCUGCCCAGCGGCCGUCCAGCUCAUCGUAAGGCACUCAGAGGGGACCCACCCACACACCGAGUGACUCGCUCUGUCGUGUGUGUGUGUGGGUCAUCUAUCCAUCCGUCAGGUCCUCAUUUGUCGACCCGCCGGCGUCAUCGACGGUCAGCACGACGCCCGCCGACCGGCCCUCCUCCGCGCAGACGUCAACCCGACAAGACCAGUGACUCCCAAACAUAGCCCCAAUGUCAAUGUGGUCUGUAGCUGUCAAUGUGGCUGUGUGGCUGUGUGUAUGCAGGUUCUGUCCGGCUGAUGUGACGGCUCAGUUGCGGGCUGACCUGAACGGAUGCAUCGACAAGAAGGAGAGGUCAGACAACACACACAACACGGCCAUGUGUGUCAUACCAAUGUGUUUUGUUCCGUGUGUGUGCAGUCUGGAGGAUCAGUACAGGGAUCUGUUGGCUGCCCGUCGGUGGGCGGCCGAUCGCGUCAAGGAGCUCAAGACAAACAUACGACGACUCGAAUACGUCACUCCCAAGUGAGCGAUACACACGAGGAGAGGGCCCCACACAUUAGCUCCACUCUGUGUGCUGUUGAUGCAGCCUUAGCCACGAUGUGUUGGUGUCCCUCGCCACGGCUGCCGAAGUGCGUGAGUUUGAGGCAAAGAUCAGCCGCGAAGAGGUGCGGCUCGACGAGCUGCUGGUGGCCGCCGCCCAACAUGCAAUGCGGCUCCAGAGCGGCGCAAUCAAACCCACAAAGGCACCCGCAGCCGAGCCGCAGAGCGCCUUAGGCGCAGCAGCUGCUGGGUCUGCCUCCACGCCGAUGUCCACGGCUGAAGGGUGGGUGGGACGGAAGGAAGACGAACCGUCUAUUCCCACGUCGGCGUCUUGUGUGCAUCAAUCAGGUGUGGCAUGCCGGUAUGUGGGGCGAUGCGGGUGAUGUUGAAUGAAUCGUCGACUGAGCAUCAGCUGCUCGAGGCCAUACAGCACAUCCAAUACGACAUAGACCAGUAAGAGAGAACAGUCCCUAUGGUAGUGGCCAGAAGGAAGCCAUCCAUCGCCCUUGAUCUGUCUGCCUGUCAGGUUGGAGGGUGACAUCUCUCGGAUGACGCACGAGCACAGCGAGAUAGAGGCCUCACUACAGCCGCUCGAGCAAGAGCACCACACACUGCAGCACGAGGCAAAGAAACGGUCAGCAAUUGCCCACCGAUACACAAAGCCGGGCCGGGAAUGCAUCUCUCCGUCUGCCUGUCUGCCCAUGGUCAGGCUGACCCCUGCUCGUCUGGAGUCGCUCAGCAGCGUGACAGCGGUGGAGGCCUUCCAGCGUGACAUCAAGAGCGCCAAACAACAGCUGCGGGAGCUGUCCAAAGAGGCCACGAUCCAGCGGACAAUACUCGAGAAGGAGGGGGGCCGAGCGGCCAACAGUCGUAUUCUUCCCAUGUCAGCAGGUCAGUGGACACACACACGAAUCGCAUACCACCCUUGUCCGUGUGUGUGUGUGUGUGUGUGUGCAGAAGUGUCUGUGUGAGGGUUGCUGGCGUGACGUGGCGGCGCGACACGAGGCGGCCAAGAAGAAGAAGGCCCACCUGGGGGCGCUGCAGCGGCGAGUGCCUGACGACAUUGCCCGUGACGCCUAGCUCAAGUGUCCGCUGUGCAACCAGGAGGCCCACUACGCCAGCACCGUCGACGGCAUUCGAACAGCCACGUGAGCAGCAACAGACAGAGACAGCCGGUAGACCGACGUGUGCGUAGCUAUAGCUCUCAUGCGCCGAUGGAUGGCGCGGACUCAAAUCAGUCAGUCAGUCAUCGCUGUAUGUGCAGAUCCAUACCUCUGGAUAUGGUGGCAGACAGACCUCUUUACUCGGCUGCAUGGAUGUCGUGAGUGAGGUGACGGACAGUGUGUGCAUGGUUCCGGCGUGUGCGUGUGUGCCCUUUAUUGUAUGUGAAUACCACUUUGCCACCGUCUCACACACAGAUGGUUUGAGAGAGAGACUGUCUGUCUGUAUUGCGGACAUACAAGGGUCGUUCAAACAAGACACACACCAAUGUUGUGCCAUCUUACGUGUCAAAUCAUCUCAAACCAUUGA